AUGGCCAUUAGUCGGGGAAGACUUCCUACUCUAAUUGCUGUGGUCUGCGCGGUAGCUAUUCCACUAUAUUUUAUCGUGAAGAGAACUUCCCUUGAUGGAGGAUAUGGUGAAUGGUCUGAAUGGGGACGGUGUUCGAAAGAAUGCGGAGAAGGAACGAGUGAACGGCGUCGCAAUUGUUCGAAUCCCACACCUGGAUAUUUUGGGAAAACUUGUUUGGAACUAACACUUGGUCCACCAGUUGAAGAAAAACAGUGUAAAGAUAAAGAAUGCCCUAUAGACGGCGGUUUUUCGGACUGGGGUGCAUUCGGAGAGUGCAGUAAACCUUGCGGAGACGAUGGCGUUAGGAAAAAAACACGUACGUGUUCCAAUCCGCCGCCUCAGCAUGGCGGCAAAGACUGCGAAGGACCGGCUGAAGAAACAGAAGCUUGCAAUAUUAAACCUUGCCCUGUAGAUGGAGGUUUCACCGAUUGGACACCUUUUGGCGAAUGCGACAAGACAUGUGGCCCAGGAGUGAAAAAGAGAACAAGAGCUUGCACAAAUCCUGCCCCUGCCCAUGGUGGAAAGAACUGCGAGGGACCGAUAGACGAGGUGCAGGAAUGCAACGUCAAGCGUUGUCCUGUUGAUGGUGGAUUCACAGAGUGGAGCGAGUUUGGACCCUGUGAUAAAACGUGCGGUGGUGGCAUGCAGUUUAGAACGCGAAAUUGUACAAACCCAGCACCCGCAGAUGGAGGGAAAAAUUGUGAUGGGCUAAUACGAGAGACGAAAGAGUGCAACUCUCAGACCUGCACGAAAUAG